AGCUAGAUGGCCCAAUGGUCUGACUCAGUAUAAGGCAUCUUCCUGUAUUCCUAUAUUUUUCUUCCAGGGGCCUACAAACGGGCACACAUCUUUAUUUUUCUUUUUUCAGGGGUUGAGCGUCACUGGAAAGCUUAAUUCAAUGAGAGAUUGUAGUCUUUAAGUGAAGUUCAGGUGCCCAAGGGAGGAACAUGGAGCGUCUGACAUCGUUCAGCAGCUUUACAGAUGACCCCUUUGACAAGCCGCCAUGCCGAGGGUGUUCCUCUUACCUCGCAGAACCUUACAUAAAGUGUGCAGAGUGCGGCCCACCUCCCUUCUUGCUGUGCUUGCAGUGCUUCACGAUAGGAUUUGAGUACAAGAAACACCAGAGCGACCACACCUAUGAAAUAGUGACAUCCAACUUCCCCGUCCUUGAUCCGACUUGGACAGCUCAAGAAGAAAUGGCCCUCUUAGAAGCUGUGAUGGAUUGUGGCUUUGGAAACUGGCAGGAUGUAGCAAAUCAGAUGAACACAAAGACGAAAGAGGAGUGCGAAAAACAUUACAUGAAGCAUUUCAUCAACAACCCCCUCUUUGCAUCCACGCUAUUAAAUCUGAAGCAAGCGGAAGAGAAUCAACACAGUGACACAGCCAUCCCGUUUUAUUCUGCUGAAGAUCCUCCGCGGCCUACCUUUGAUUCCUUGCUCUCCAGGGAUAUGGCUGGAUACAUGCCAGCAAGAGCAGACUUCAUUGAGGAAUUUGACAACUAUGCUGAAUGGGAUUUAAGGGAUAUAGACUUUGUGGAGGAUGACUCGGAACUUUUACACGCUUUGAAGAUUGCAGUUGUAGAUAUCUAUCACUCGAGGUUAAAGGAAAGGCAACGAAGGAAAAAGUGAGUUCCUGGCUUUUUCAUUCUUUCAAAUUUAAGUGUGCUUGCUGAGUUCUGUGACAAAGAUUUUGCAGAAUAGCUAUUCUGGGCUGGGUGUCGAAUUUGAACAUCAGCAAACCAUGGGGAGAGAAUAUGGGGUUGUGUGGCAGAUAUUUACACCUUUCCCCUUGGAUAUAAAGUUGUUAUCUGAAGGAAGGACUGUCACGGGCAAGGAAUUCCAAACUUUUUGCUUUGCUUUUUGCCUCCACAUCCGUCCCCCAAUAACCAAGGUUUAGGUUUAUUCAGUUCAUUGCUUCCCACUAAGAAAGUCCCAAAGCAAACUAACAAUCACAGUAAAAAAAA